GUGACGCAGGCUGCGGAACAGCUGAGCGCAAUAUCAACAACAAAACAACGAGAGGAAAGAGGGGAGCGGAGGAAAAGAGAGAGAAACAGAGAUAAAAGAGCGAGAGAAACAGGAGGACAGAGGGGACGCAGAGGCGACGCAGAGGGAGGAUUCACAUCUGGGUGAAAUUUCAGCUUUAAACGAUCGGAUUCGGUGACAAACGGCGAGAAGUGCAAUGGGCCGUAUCUUCCUCGACCACAUCGGAGGCACCCGUCUCUUCUCCUGUGCCAACUGUGACACCAUUCUGACCAACCGCUCCGAACUCAUCUCCACACGCUUCACUGGAGCGACAGGCCGAGCCUUCCUCUUCAACAAGGUGGUGAACUUGCAGUACAGCGAGGUGCAGGACCGAGUGAUGCUGACCGGCAGACACAUGGUGCGGGACGUGAGCUGCAAAAACUGCAACAGCAAGCUGGGCUGGAUCUACGAGUUCGCCACGGAGGACAGCCAGCGCUACAAAGAAGGCCGCGUGAUCCUGGAGAGAGCGCUGGUGAGGGAGAGCGAAGGCUUUGAGGAACAUGUGCCCUCAGACGCCUCCUGAGGCUCUGUCCACUCCACGCAAAGCUCAUUUCAGUCACCACCGUGUCCGUCACCGACCUGAACAACGCAUCCGCUUCUCACCAGCAGGUCCAGCCUGGCUUAGAUACUGAAAAAAAAUCUGAAAAAACAAAACCAGCAGCCCCUCUAUGGCUUGAUAAAUGCCGCGGUCAGCAAACGUUGGUGUUUCCUUGAAAUCUAUGCUUCUAGAUGAAUCUUGGGCCGACCUUAACAGCCAAAGUACCCGAAGGUUAUAUACAGGUUUCUGAAACUGAAGGAUGCUUUUGUUAGUUCAGAAGAGCACGGUGGCUAAUCUGCCUCCAGACUGAUGAACAGGCCUCAGAUUUCUUUGCGUCAGAGCGUUUCCCUAUCCAGCCCCCGAAUAAACGAGACUGAGAAGGGUGAAGAUACGGAGCGAACGUUUCCUGCCUGUAUUUGUACGCAUCAUUGUGAUAUUGGUGGAUAGUAAGAAUCAUUUAUUGCCAUUGUUACUGGUAUUAUAUUCAUUACAGCAUCAUUUUAAUUAGCAUUAUUCUUUCUCUUGCAGGUAUUGUUUUUAGUUGAGUGACUUAAAUAUUCCUUUGUUUUCUUCUUCAUAAAACGUAAAACAUGUUCCUGUGUUCACGUGAUCUUAAUAAAGUGAAUGGUCUUGCUUGAAAAUGA